CGCCUUUAUAAAUAUUGUGUCUAAAACAUACAAUAUUAUGAAGUUACCCUCUGAAAAGGAGGAAAGAAUAAAGAGCAGUCCGCUGCUUCUUCAAAAUCCAUGGAGUUGUCCCCUUCCCCAGAAACAGAUAACCAGUUUCACAUCGGUUCUGUCCACGGAAAGAAUAAAGAGCAGUCUCCUGAGUCCAAAGUAAAGAUCCUUUGUCUCCGAUUUGAAUAUAGAAAACCACCACUUUUAAUGAUUUGAGUUCUUUUUUGUUCAUUUCUUGCUUGAGAUUUUGGUUGAAGCCUCAUCAAUUCAUUUCAAAGACCAAACUUCCAUUUCACUCUGGUGGAAGAUCAAUGGAAACGCACUGGGUCUAAGCAGAAAUUCUAGGCCGACGUGGACACCAAUUCUCAUAUAUCUUAAUCCUGUUCUAUUUUUCCAGUAUUUACAAAUGUAAAUGCCAGAUUCUACAGCUUUAAACUUAACAGUCAUGAAGGUGUCAACUUCACAUAGUUCAAGGCUAAUGAUGAGGUGGUUACAGAGUUUUGUGAUGUUUCAUCUCCAGCUCUUACUGUAAAUCUGAAAUCCAGCCAAAAACAGUCCUAUAUUGCAGCAAAACUGUGUUAAAUGAUUGCAAAUAUGGAGCAAAUGAGCCUUCCACAACUGGAAGUUUGUAGUUCAAAGAUGUUAGAAGAAAAUUAUGAGACAAUCUGCUGGGGAUGUGGGUUGCGGCUCUUACUUCCAUCAUAUUCCCCAGUUUAUAAAUGUGGAUGGUGUGGAGCUAUUACAAAUGACAUGGUUAAGCAGCAUACACGACAUUGGUUUGAUUGUUGCCAUGCAUUUGGAAAUCGUUUCUUUGUUCUUAUUGUCGUCUGCAUCAUUCUGUCUAUAAUAUGUGGUGGAGUUUGGGCAGUGUAUCCUGUAGUAUUUUCAACAAUCAGCUUAAGCUCAGUUUUUCAUUCUAUUUCUACUUUCAUUUUGGCUAGUGGGACUCUUGCCAGCUAUUUCUUGGCAGCAUUCCGACCUGCAGGGCCACCACCAAUCAUAUCAUGGGGCAAUUACGAAGUUGUGGGCAAAGGUGGCCUGGAUAAUUAUAGCCUUUGUCAGUUCUGUUUGAAGCCUAAAUCAGAACAGACACAUCAUUGCAGUUCAUGUAAAACCUGUGUGCUAAAUAUGGAUCACCACUGCCCUUUUAUUGGUAACUGCGUUGGUGCAACAAAUCAUCAUCACUUCAUCACAUUCCUUUUCUUUGCCCUUGUUAGUAAUAUUUAUGUCCUAUUAAUGUCAAUAUACGCAGGCAUUUUGGUAUGGCCUACUUUAGCUUAUGUCCCAAUUGAUCCUGUAUUUGCAGUCAGGUCCGCUAAUGUGUUCAACAUUAUCAAAGCAUUCCUACACGCCUUGAUGAGAAGUUCUGUUGUAUUAUCAGCAAGGGCUGUUGCUUUGAUAUAUCUUAUUGUAGCCAGUAUAUCUGUGGCUGUUGGAAUUGGACUCUUAUUUUUCCAACAGGUGCAGUUGCUUUAUAGUGGAAAGACUUACAUUGACUCUCUUAAAUACAGAAGUAAUGGAGCUGUUGAAGCAUUGCCACUUAGCAGGGGCUGGGGAAAUUUGUUUAGGAUCUUUGGAAGUGGGCAUCCAAUAUUUUGGUUGCUACCCAAAAAGUUCAAAAGUUCUCCCUCUAGCAUGAAAAGUCAUUAAAAGUAAAUUGUCAAUUCUCCUGUCAUUUUUUUGUCUCGCCAGCUAUAUUCCAUUGGAGUGGUUGCUUCAGGCUACCAACAUAUAUGCAGCACAUUUAAAAUAAUUUUCUAUACCAAACUGGGUGCAAAUAGCUGAGGGGAUAUGCUAGAUGAGUGAAAUCUAGAAUCUUCAAACUUGAAUUUUGUUUAAAGAUGACCAGCUUAUCAGAUGUACUUGCAAGCAGAAUUUUAAAAUUGCCAUCUGCACUCAACUGGGUGCAAGUAGAGAGUUACGUAGAUAUGCUAGUUGAGUGAGCCAAAAUGUUGAACUACUGAUUUUUGUAAAGAUCACCUAGAGUGUAUGCUCAUGAUAUGUACUUGUAGGCAUAGUGUUGAACUUACGUGCUAUGAAAUAAUAUAGGAUAUUUCAUUGAUACAUAUGUAUACCGUCAUGUUGCUCAUGUUUACAGAAGAACCAAGUUGACAAUAUCUUCUGGUUAAGUUUUCUGUGGAAAGUUUUUAUCAAAAUGGAAUAUUUAGAUGCUGAA